CGUCAUGAACUUGGAGACGGGCAGCCGGGGCUCAGAGUUCGGCAUGAGCGCAGUGAGCUGCGGCAACGGGAAACUCCGACAGUGGUUGAUCGACCAGAUCGACAGCGGCAAGUACCCCGGGCUGGUGUGGGAGAACGAGGAGAAGAGCGUCUUCCGCAUCCCGUGGAAACACGCGGGCAAGCAGGACUACAAUCGUGAGGAGGACGCCGCCCUCUUCAAGGCUUGGGCACUAUUUAAAGGCAAGUUCCGGGAAGGGAUCGACAAACCAGAUCCCCCUACUUGGAAGACGAGAUUACGAUGUGCUCUGAACAAGAGUAAUGAUUUUGAGGAGCUGGUAGAGAGGAGCCAGCUGGAUAUCUCUGACCCAUACAAGGUGUACAGGAUUGUUCCAGAGGGAUCCAAAAAAGGAGCCAAACAGCUCACUCUGGAAGACACACAGAUGGCUAUGGGCCACCCCUACCCCAUGACAGCACCUUAUGGCUCUCUGCCAGCCCAGCAGGUUCAUAACUACAUGAUGCCACCCCAUGACAGGAGCUGGAGGGAUUAUGCCCCUGACCAGUCACACCCAGAAAUCCCAUAUCAAUGUCCUGUGACGUUUGGCCCACGCGGCCACCACUGGCAAGGCCCAUCUUGUGAAAAUGGUUGCCAGGUGACAGGAACCUUUUAUGCUUGUGCCCCACCUGAGUCCCAGGCUCCCGGAAUCCCCAUUGAGCCAAGCAUAAGGUCUGCUGAAGCCUUGGCGCUCUCAGACUGCCGGCUGCAUAUCUGCCUAUAUUACCGGGACAUCCUCGUGAAGGAGCUGACCACAUCCAGCCCCGAGGGCUGCCGGAUCUCUCACGGACAUACCUACGAUGUUAGCAACCUGGACCAGGUCCUGUUCCCCUACCCGGACGACAAUGGGCAGAGGAAGAACAUUGAGAAGUUGCUGAGCCACCUGGAGAGGGGACUGGUCCUCUGGAUGGCCCCAGAUGGGCUUUAUGCCAAAAGACUCUGCCAGAGCAGGAUCUACUGGGAUGGGCCCCUGGCGUUGUGCAGUGAUCGGCCCAACAAACUAGAAAGAGACCAGACUUGCAAGCUCUUUGACACACAGCAGUUUCUAUCAGAGCUGCAAGUGUUUGCUCACCACGGCCGGCCAGCACCGAGAUUCCAGGUGACUCUGUGCUUUGGUGAGGAGUUUCCAGACCCUCAGAGACAAAGGAAGCUCAUCACAGCUCAUGUAGAACCUCUGCUAGCCAGACAACUGUAUUACUUUGCUCAACAAAACAGUGGACAUUUCCUGAGGGGCUACGAGUUACCUGAACACAUUAGCACUCCAGAUUACCACCGAUCCCUCCGUCAUUCUUCCAUCCAAGAGUGA